UUAGUCUUUACACCACAAGAUGGAUAAAGAACAGCAGAAUAUUGUCGUUUUGAAUUCGUCCAAAAGAGAGCUGUUUUCUGCCAACACCGGCUACAAGAGUCUACAGAAGAGACUGAGGGCGCAAUGGAAGAUUCAGGGGUGCCAAUACAGCCAGACAUGAUUCUCACUCACACACAUACUUUCUGUCUAAGCUUUGGUUAACUACUGAAAGCCAACCUUUCUUUCUGUAUCGUCUCAUUAGCAUCAAAGAGGAGAUCACAGAAGAGAAACUGCAUGGUGUGAAGCUGUGGAUCACCGGAGGUCCUCGAGAGAAGUUCACUGAAGCAGAGGUGAAAUGAUCAUCACCUGAGAGAUUGUUCUACCUGCACGUCACUUUUGCAUUCCCUCACUUUCACUGCAAGUCCUGAAGCGGUAUCUUGUCGGAGGCGGGAAUGUUCUCGCCAUGCUCGGAGAGGGAGGAGAAGUGAAAUACGAAACUAAUAUCAAUUUCCUCCUGGAGGAGUUCGGCAUCAUGGUGAACAGCGAUGCCGUAGUGAGAAACGUUUACUACAAAUACUUCCAUCCCAAAGAAGCACUUGUGUCUAACGGGGUUCUCAACAGGGAGAUCAGCCGCGCAGCCGGGAAAGCGGUAACGGGAGUCAUCGACGAUGAAAAUCCGGGUAACAAUACACAGGCCCUCGCAUUCGUGUACCCGUACGGCGCUACACUGAGUGUUAUGAAGCCCGCAGUGGCGGUUCUGUCCACCGGUUCUGUGUGCUUCCCUCUCAACAGACCUGUUCUGGCCUUCUCCAAGGUCGAGAAGAAUGCAGGCAAGCUGGCAGUGCUGGGUUCGUGCCACAUGUUCAGCGAUCAAUACCUGGACAAGGAGGAGAACAGUAAAAUAAUGGAUGUUGUGUUCCAGUGGCUGACGACCGACAACAUUCACCUGAAUCAAAUAGAUGCUGAAGAUCCCGAGAUCACAGAUUACACCAUGUUACCAGACACAGGAUACCUCUCUGAGAGACUCAGAGUGUGUCUACAGGAAGGCGACGAGAAUCCACGCGACUUCACCUCCCUUUUCGACAUGUCUCUCUUUAAGCUGUCCACGAACUCUCUCCCGAGCGUUAUCAGGGCCUACAAGCAGCUGAACGUCAAACACGAGCCGCUGCAGUUGAUUACGCCUCAGUUUGAAACGCCGCUGCCUCCUCUGCAGCCUGCCGUUUUCCAGCCGGCCUUUAGGGACCUGCCCCCACCGACGCUCGACCUUUUUGACCUGGACGAGACCUUUUCUUCUGAGAAAGUCCGAGUCGCUCAGCUGUCGAACAAAUGCACCGACGACGACCUGGAGUUUUACGUACGGAAAUGCGGAGACAUCUUAGGGGUGACGGGAAAGCUGGAUAAAGAAAAGCGAGACGCCAAGCACAUCCUUGAACACAUCUUCUUUCAGGUGGUGGAGUUUAAAAAGCUGAAUCAGGAGCAUGACAUCGACACAGCACAGACGAGGUUUUCGCCAUGCUGAAACAGGACGUUAGGGGAUGACGGGGCCGAGGGUUGAGCAGCAUCGUGUGCUUAAAUGUCUCAGGGUGAAGCAGGCGGAUCGAUUAACGAAAUAUUUCAACACUAAUUAGCAACAUUCAGAAGUACCAGAUGUUAGAUUUGGAAACGGUUUCUACUUUCUUUUUUGCUUUGUAAAAAAACAAAUAUAUAUAUAUAUAUAUAUAUAUAUAUAUAUAUAUAUAUAUAUAUAUAGCAUUGUUGUGAUUUUUUUUUUCUAUCAAACUACUACUGGAGUUGUAUUUAAUCAUUUUUCGUUGUUUUGUGCACACGUGUUCAAUAACGAGAUGCUCACAGGAGAAGGAAAACUCCAAAAAAAAAAAAAAAACAGGAGCUGGGAAAUGCAUAGACAAUCUAGCACAAGCAAUGUGACAUUAAUAUCUGUCACAUAUGUAAUUCUGGUAUCAUAUUAUCACAGCUAACAUAAGUGCUUCUAUUAGAAUAAUUCCAGUCACAAGUAAAUACAUGACCGGUCAAAAGUUUAGACACACUCAUUCUUUAUUUUUAUUUUAUUUCCCUCACAUUUUAGAAUAAUAAUAAAGUCAUCAAAACUCUGGAGUAACAUAAAGGGAACUAUGGGUGUUAUGUUGUGAUAAAAAAAAAAUCAAAAUAAUUUAAUAUUUCAACAUCUUCAAGUAGACACGCUUUUCACCUAGAAUUUCCAGAAAUGUAUUCUGGGCGUUUUCUCACCUGAUUUCUUGAGGAAUUUCCCUGAGAUGCUUUUUAAACAGUAUUAAAGGAGUUCCCACCUACACUGGACACUUAUUGCCUGCUUUUCGGAAUAUUUCGCUCGGAGGCAUCCGUGUAAAUAAGAUGUUCAUUUUCUAAUGAAAGAAACAUAUGUCGGCACAAUUAUAUUUUUGUCUACAACCUCGAUUUCAAACAUUUAAUCACACACCUUCAUAUCAAAAGGUUUUUAAGAUCGAGAAACAUUUCAGUCGAGUGUCCACAAACUUUUGACUGGUAGUGUACUUGGUGAAAAUAAUCAUUUUCACUCCCUUUUCCUUGUUAACUUAUACAAAUAACAUGUCAGGAUGUGUAGGAAGGCAGUUUUCUGUUUGUUAAAAGAAUGUUAUAUGUCUGGUCCAUUUAUAGUUAAUGAAGAAGGUUCGUGAUCACUCACAUCAUAGCAGCUAUAAUCACUCGUUCCCUCAUCAGCCUCACUUUUUGCCCCUCUCUUUCCGGACACUAAUAGGCUUCACAUAAAUAAAUAAAUAAAUAAAUAAAUAAAUAAAU